AUGUCAGCGCGUAAUUAUUUGUCUGCACGGGACAAAAAUAGCAAAUUUAUAGAUUGUCUACCACAUAUAAAUCGGCAAAAGUUUUCCUACCGCUCAGUGCAGGAACUACCUCCACUGUCAGCUAAUGCUGCUUCCUUAGUUAAUCGAAAUGUAGGCUUUUCUUUUCUGGUUCAACCUUACUCUAAUGAAAGUUUAGACAGAGGCGACACACCGUUCUCUGAUUUUUAUUCUGACAGCGAAACAGGCACUCCAGACUUUAGAAGUGAGGAGAGUGACAGCAGUGCAGGAUCAGCACUACAAAGAAACACAGAAGAGGCCACCAAAAUUUUGGAAGAAGAGUGGGAGAAAAUUGAAAGGACAUUAUAUGAUGAAGAGGGAGAAAAAACAACAAGGCCACAUAUACUUGAGGAGUGCCAGCAGUGGAGACAGCUGCACCCGCAACUCAGAGUCACUGGCAAAGCAAUAUCGCUACCGAAAAAUAGGACAUGUUAUAGACAGAUUGAGCAUGAUGAGGUGAUUGCUAUGCACUACAUUGAUUACGAGCAGUUUAGCGAGAGCGAGGAGCGUCUGUCGCAAAGCAGUACCGACGUUACACCACAAAACUCUCCCAGAGUGUCCACUAUGGAGGCCGUAACAGAACCAAGGUUGUCACGUGAGAAAGUUUCAUUUUUUCCAAACCAAAAUGAUGAGGAUGUUCGCUUUGAGGACUCUUUUUCCUCACUUCUACAAAUCACUCCUAUUCAGAUACGAAGUCCGUACAGAAAGAGAAUGAGCCAUUCUAUCAUGAGAUCCGAUGUGGCAUCAUCGCGUUGGAUGAGGGGAUCGCGACCAGAAUCGUCAGUAAACUGUGGGAGAAGCAGUGCAAAUUCGUUUAUUUCGUUGGAAACGGGGAAGUACAGCAAUGUUGCUAUGAGCGCUACGGAAGCGAAAACACUCAAUAAUAGGGUUGUCACGGCAAGGAACAGAGAAGUAGCGAGGUUAGAACCAAUUUACACUCCUGAACCCUCUCAAAACGAUAUGAUUAAGACAAAUGGAUUAACGUCAUUCUAUUGUCACAGAAAAGUGUCUCUGCCGCCAUUAUCAAUGGAAGACGAGAGAAGAAAAAUGGCGGCAGUAGGUUCAGCAAAAAAGCAAAACGUAAAACCUAAGAAGAGUCAGCCAAAAGUGAAUUUAAUAGAGCGUGUGAAAAAUAACAAUUGA